AUGUCCGAAGAUGGAGUCAUCCGGGGGUACCUGUGCUCAGCGGGAUUCCCAAGUGAGACUUUAUUUGUGGACGUGGCUGUGACUCAGAAGCAGAGGCUUGAUCAAGGCUUUGAGGAGGCUAAAGCUGAGCUGCUGAAGGAGAGCGACCUCCAAGACCACGUUGAAGGGCGUCUUGGUGACGUCUACGCCAGCUAUGACCCCUCUGAGCUCCACGCGUGUCUGAGUAACAUAGUGCUGACGGUAGUUCUGCAGGCAUUGGACCAAGCUGGCGGCGGCGACGUCUGGUUCGAGUCGCUCGAUUUUUGCUCGUCCGCAACUUCGAUGUUUGGUGAGGACCACGAGGAAGCCAAGGAGCCGGACAGCUUUUUGGCCCCGGUGACUGACCGUAAGUCCGGGAUUUAA